AUGACUAAGAGACAUGUUCUAUCAAAAAUAGCAAGAUUAUAUGAUCCCCUAGGAUGGAUAGCGCCAAUUAUUGUAACGGCAAAAAUUUAUAUUCAAAAAUUAUGGAAAUCUGGCUUAAGUUGGGAUGAAGCACUAACAGAAAGCCUAAUGAAGGAAUGGCUAGGAUUCGAAAACGAUCUCGCUAAGAUAGAGAGAAUUGUUAUACCCAGAUGGGUAAAUACUAGAAAGGAAGAUAAAAUAGAGUUGCAUGUAUAUGCUGACGCAUCACAAGCAGCCUAUGCAGCGGCAGUUUAUUUGAAAUCAGUUGACAAUAAUGGUCAAGUGUGCGUUAAUUUAGUAUCAGCCAAAACUAAAGUUUCUCCAAUUGGCAAGGAAGUAUCAAUUCCUCGACUAGAGCUGUGUGCUGCAUUGCUAGGUACUAAAUUGAUAUAUGAAAUAUCACAUAUAAUGAAAAUUUCUAAAGAAAAUUUAUAUGCUUGGUCUGAUUCUACUGUGGUGUUGGCAUGA